AUGGCCAUGGCGCAUGUCGUAUCGCUUCUCGUCCUUGUCGUCGCGGGCUCGUCGGCGGCGAAUCUACCGAACGCGACCGAGAUGGCGACCGUCGUGGCUGCCACCCCCGCCGUCGCUCCGACCGCCGAGGUGCUGAGCUCGAACGCUGUCGCGCUCGCAUUGACGGUCGCCGUCGCCGGCGCCGCGCUGCUUCUCGUGCUCCUCGCCCAGCGCAAGCGCCGACAGGCGGCCAAUGCGGCCACCUCGAUCCUCGUCACCAAGACGCCCGCGCAUUCGAUUUGGAUUUUGUAG